AUGGUGCUGCGCAUCUUGACCGCCAUGUACAUGGUGGGCAUCAUGGACACCCCUCAGACUGGUGACCUCAACGUCGACGUGCGGACGCGCGAGCAUACCGAGUUGGCCCGCAGGCUCUCUGAGCAGUCCACUGUCCUCCUGAAGAACGACCGCAGCAUCCUCCCCAUUGAUGCGACCAGGCUGCGCACCAUCGCGGUCAUCGGAGACGAUGCCAACGACAACCCCGUGUUCCGCGGUGAAGGUUCCGGCGAGGUUAGCGCCGAGUACGUCGUCACGCCCCUUGAGGGCAUCAAGGCUCACCUGGCUCGCCGUGGGCUGUCGGUCGAUGUGAUCUACGUGAACAACUCAGUUAUCGCCAACGCCGUGGCCGCCGCCAAGAAGGCCGACCUGGCCAUCGUGUUCGCCGGCGUCGAGUCCUCCGAGGGCUACGAU